CCGUAACUGACAGACUGACACCACAACCACAACACCAUAUCCAGAGCAGAGUGUCCGAACAGAGUCUAGAGCAGUCUGUCGAGACAGAGUCCCCAAGAAAGCAAAUCGAAAAUGCCGGUGAGCAGGAUCGCCAUCGGCUCUCCGGGGGAGCUCUCCCACCCCGACACCUUCCGGGCCGGCGUUGCCGAGUUCAUCUCCAUGCUCAUCUUCGUCUUCGCCGGCUCAGGCUCCGGCAUGGCCUUCGCCAAGCUAUCUGACGGCGGCCCGACGACGCCGGCGGGGCUUAUCGCGGCGGCGCUUGCGCACGCGCUGGCCCUGUUCGUGGCGGUGUCCGUGGGCGCCAACAUCUCCGGCGGGCACGUGAACCCGGCGGUCACAUUCGGCGCCUUCGUGGGCGGCAACAUCAGCCUCCUCAAGGCCGUCGUCUACUGGGUCGCCCAGCUGCUCGGCUCCGUGGUCGCCUGCCUCCUCCUCAAGAUCGCCACCGGCGGCGAGGCCGUGGGCGCCUUCUCCCUCUCCGCCGGCGUCGGGGUCUGGAACGCGGUGGUGUUCGAGAUCGUCAUGACCUUCGGCCUCGUCUACACGGUGUACGCCACCGCGGUGGACCCCAAGAAGGGGGACCUCGGCACCAUCGCGCCCAUCGCCAUUGGCUUCAUCGUCGGCGCCAACAUCCUCGCCGGCGGCGCCUUCGACGGCGCCUCCAUGAACCCGGCCGUGUCCUUCGGCCCUGCCGUCGUGAGCGGCGUGUGGGAGAACCACUGGGUGUACUGGCUCGGCCCGUUCGCCGGCGCCGCCAUCGCCGCGCUCAUCUACGACAUCAUCUUCAUCGGCCAGCGCCCGCACGAGCAGCUCCCCACCGCAGACUACUGAAGAACCUGAACCAGUUCCAUCCAUCGCAAUGAUCAUGAUCGAGAGAUUAGGAUCGCUUUCAAGAAUCAAGCAAGUGUCGUCGUGCGCGCGUGUCAGCAGCAAGAAUCAAGCAAGUGUCGUCAGUAAGAUUGCUUCAAGAAUGAGGCAGGUUUAUUAGUUUCUGUGUCUCUGUUUCUCUCGUGUCUUGAGAAGCUCAACGUGAACAGUGUCAGUCAGAAAUAAUGAGUACGCCGUCUUCUCUUGUAAUCCUCAAUUAUCCUUCCGUUCCAUGAUCAAGGCCAGUGUCAUUUUGUACAAA